AUGCGCGACGACGAUCCAUCGCCGAUCCCUUGCUUCCUACCAACCGGGAUCGCGUACAAGUCAUCAUCCUCCCAGGACCUACACUAUCAAGGCUCACUUCAACAACCAUACAUUCGAGGCAAGCUCAACAACUCAAAUGCAGUCAGCUUGGCUUCGUCAUCGUCGUCUUCGGAAAGCCUUGACUACUUUGGCUCCGACUCGAACUCGCCGCGAUCGUCGUCGUUCAGCAGCACCCAUUCUUUCCAGUCGCCUUCCUUGUCACCUUCCGAAUCGAUUUGGAGUAUCUCAAACAUGGCCCUCCGCCGAUUUGCUCAGCGUCAAGCCGAUCUCUUGCACGAGCAGCGACCCAACCUUCACGUCGUGGUCGUUGCCUUGCCGCCCAAAGAUGGGGCCCUUCAACUCGACGGUACCAGGGACUACAACGGCGAGCGCACGGCUGAUGGCGAGCUCGUGACGUACGAAAAGAUUUUCUACGCCUCGGCUUUCACGGAGGACGUUGUCUUUUGUGUCUACCUGUUUGAGCAAGGCCGACUCACGUUGGACAAAAUGAACGAGUAAGUGCUCUCUUUCGGGCGCUGUUGCUUUUGUUGCUUGUCUCGGCGUCUUGGUGCAGAUCGCUGACCUUGUCCUCUCCCUCGAACAGUGUCUACGCUUUCGCUUCGCUCAGCUGGGAAAAGUUCGGCCCCUACGUCUUCUUCGAUCCGAUGGUGAGUCGACCUGCGUGUUUGUGAACAUGCAUCCACAGCAGCUAACUCUACCUUGCUGUAACCAGUCUCCAAUCUAA